UGUCGUCGAAGUGUACCCUGUGGGCCGUCAGGGGUCUCUGCAAAUCAACCUGGCAAUGCACUGCCAGUGCAGCUGUGCUAAGCCAGGUGAUAAGGGCUACAUUGUAAACGCGGAGGCAUGCAGUAGGAACGGCACCUCCAUGUGCGGUGUAUGUGAGUGCCACGAAGGCUUCGUCGGGAAGGCAUGCGAGUGCUACAGCAACGAUGACGACGGCACUGGCACCAUCAGCGAGGACUCGUGCCGGCAGACGAACACCUCCGCCGUCUGCAGCGACCGAGGCCAGUGCGUGUGCGGGCAGUGCCAGUGCAAGAAGCCAGCAGAUCCUAGUCAGAACAUCUAUGGGGAUUUCUGCGAGUGCACCAAUUAUCUGGGAUGUACAGGCAACGAAGGCUUAAUCUGCUCAGGUCACGGAGAAUGUGAAUGUAAUGAAUGUAGGUGCACUGGUGGCUGGAGUGGGCCAACAUGUUCUUGUGACGGAAACGAUGACAAAUGCAAAAACCCAGACACGGACGAGAUCUGCUCGGGUCAUGGCGAAUGCGAGUGUAACAAGUGCAAUUGCCAAGACGACCGCAAGGGCAAAUAUUGUGACGACUGUCCUACAUGUAGUGGAAAGUGCACAGACUACAAGCCCUGCGUCCAGUGCAAGGCAUUCGACACGGGAGAGUAUGAUACCAACAAAUGCGAGGCUGACUGUACCCAAUACAACAUCACGAAGCAUGAAGCAGUAGAGGUUGAGAACGAUCAGGAGAAAAAGUGUUCGUUUUACGAUGAAAAUGACUGCGUCUUCUACUUCGUUUAUACCGUUAGAAGCUCUGACAAUGUGACAGCCAUACGAGUCCAGGAGGUGAAAGAGUGCCCCAACCCUGUCAACAUUCUAGGGGUGAUUCUGGGCGUGAUCGGGGGCGUGCUGCUCAUAGGGAUCCUGGCCCUUAUCAUAUGGAGAAUCUACGCGUCGAUUCAGGACCGUCGGGAAUAUUCCAAGUUCAUUCUCAGUCGGAAUGAGGAGCAGUGGACGAACAAUCAAAACCCGCUUUACAAAGAGGCCACGACAACUGUUCAGAAUCCUAUGUUUGGGACGAACUGAAGAUUUCCAAGAGUACCUGAUGAACAGACCUGCCAAGAACAUAAGCGAGCUAUUUUGAUAUUUCCUAAUGUUUCUUUCAUUUUCUCUUUCGCGCUCGCUCUCUCUCUUCUCCUUUUAUCCUCUCUCUCUGUUCUUUCUUUCUUUCUUUCUCUCUCUCUCUCUCUCUCUCU